GUCGCAAAUUUUUGACAGCAGUAGGAUGAGAAGAGGCAGCCAGGAGGCAGCAGCUAGUCCAGCAGAACUGUCAACAACGUCACAUAAAUUUGAAGAUUUCGCUUGAAUAUGUCUUCUCAAGCCAGUCAUGAGUCAAAAUCAAAGUCAGACCUCAAAAUAUCGGAUCAGGCUCUCGUUUGCCAUGAGAGCAAACUUAGAGGCGAUAUAACAAUAGGCCCGAACACAAUUGUUCACCCAAGAGCCACGAUAAUUGCCGAAGCAGGACCAAUCAUUAUUGGAGCGAGCAACAUUAUCGAAGAACAAGCAUAUAUAAUCAACCGUCUACGUCCUGGUGCAGACCCUUCUAUAGUCCAGGUCAUGGAAAUCGGCUCCAACAAUGUGUUUGAAGUGGACUGCGUCUUUGAAUCGUCCAUGAUGGGUAACCAAAAUGUACUGGAAGUUAAAUCUCAUGUUGGACCUGGAGUGGAAAUAUCAGAUGGCUGCAUAAUUGGAGCUGGAUGUAAGCUAAAUGGAAACGAAAGGUUACCUGAGAAGUCAGUUAUAUAUGGUAGUGAUUGUGCAAGACGCAUUGCUAUGGACAAACCACCACAUCCCAGUUUACAAAUUGAUUACCUGACCAAAAUUCUGGUGAAGUACCAUCACUUAAAAAAGCCCCGGAGUGCUAAUUAAUGUUGUCUUCUCAUUAGCUUGUAAAUUCUCUUAUUAUAAGCUUAUUUUCAUCUUUACAUUGUUUUUGUUCCAAUCUUACUGGCAUUCAUGAAAUCUUAAUUGUGGUUGAACUAUUUAUAGUGGAGUUAUUGGUAUAUUUAAACACUGUAAUAUAUAUUUUGUGUAUCAACUUUA